AUGGCUAUCAAUCAUUCCGACUACUCGACUGGCUCGAUGCGAGUUCUUGCCAGGACCAUCCGCAAGUCGUACGUCGAGCCCACUGCUGAGGAAGCCGAUCAACUUCUCGAGGCCGACAAUAUGCUGCCGAAAAGCCAGAAGAAGACCACCCCGGCGGCAAAAAAUGACAAAGCUGCCGCGAAGCCAAAGGCAGCUCCGAAGCCACGGAAGACUCCGAGAACGAAGGCUACCCCCAGGGCCAAAGCACCUACGAAGGCGAAAUCUGCUCCCAAGGCGCAAGGUGAAAUCGUAACGGAGUCAUCGGUCGAGCCAAAGACCCCAGCCUUCUCGGAAGUGGUCUCGCCACAAGUCAUGGCGCUUCUGAAGAAGGAGAUCGAUCUCCAGAAAAUCGAUCUCCGGAAAAGGAAAGCAGAGGAUGAGCUGAAAGAUUCGAUCGGAUCAUCUGCCUCAAAGAGACAGAAGCGUACGACUACCGUUGCGCCCGAAGGCAGCAGCAAGGAUGCGAGUGCGCCGCUGGACCCAGCCACAGACUCUCCGAGUGCUCCUGCUACCUCCGACCAAGACACAACCUCACCGGACGCAGAGACACUGCCAACCGAGCCAUCUGCAAUCGAGGUGCCCUCUGGAGAUGAGAUCGUUGUCACUCCAAGGCGUCGCACAACCGACGAUGCCGACUCAAAUCAGCAGGCCGAAACCCGAAACGACUCCGCAGCAGAGCCAGCCGUUGGCAGCGACCCCACUUCGACAUCGACACUAGAAGCGACGGUCGAAGCUCCGGGAGCAGACUCAAGAUUUGGAGUCAAUGUCGCCGUGCCAAAUGCGGUGGGCUAUCUACAGCAAGACCGGAACACUCCUGCGCCGGAGGAUGUGCGCUCCAUGCUUCCGAGGGCUGAGUCGAACAUUGACAUGGACGCGGGCGAAAACGGUUCAAUCGAUUCAGGCCCAUUGUCGCCAGCUCUGUCAGUCUCGGUGCUCCAUGAGAAGGGCUUGGACCGAUCUGCUGCACUGGUAGCUGCAAGCCGCCAAUCAGUGGCGAUGCCAGACAAGGCAUUGCCUAGCAGUCCCGGGCUUGAGCUCAGUACCCCUGUGCGGCCAGCACGCAAACAGAAGACGCAGACGCAGCUGCCGACUCCGCCGUCAACAAUCGGGCCAGCCAAAGCAGGCGGCCGCGCGCUAAGGGCCCGCAAGUCUAUUGGGGUCACUGAAAAACCUUCUGUCGAGGACGAGGACGAUCCGGCGUUUCAAGCCACCACGCCAGACUCGCCGGAAACACCAGAAACCCCGCCAGAUGCAGACGACAACGGCUCUGCUUCGGAUUCUGAGGAUUUUGAGCCCGUCGCGAAGCGAAAGCCGGCACGCAAGAAUGUCCGGAAGGAACCUGCCACCGACAAGACUGCCACUGGCAGAGUAACAAAGCCGGCGGCUCCACGCAAGACUCAGCGGAAGUCGACAACCACUCCACGUCCGCCGAAACAAACUCCAACGCCGGCAAAGGAGAAUGGCAAAGCUCCUCGGAAGCCAGCUCGCGGUAAGGCGGUCCCGAAACAGACAGAGUCUUUGCUGGUCAGACUGCCGAUACCUUCUGCCCGGAGGCAAGGCAGAUUCUCGGCAACUUCUACCUGGCUUGAUGUUGCUGUCGACCCUACUCUGCUUUCGGUGUCCAAGAAGCUGAUGCAUCGGGAGACUCUGCAUGAGAAGCCGAUGGCAGGAGGCGUCCCGCGGGUGUGGGCAGAGUCCCGACAAGCGCUCUGUGAGACCCUGCCGUACUUCAAGAAGCCGCAGGGUGGCUGUUAUUCAAACGAUGGACACGUCUACGGCUUCUUGUUCGAUGGCAUGGGACACUGCCGCGAGUACCUUGACGGCGAUGUGAUCAUUUGUCGAGCAGGUGGCAGUAUGGAGGUUGAGUCUAGCGGGGGCAUGGCUCAAAAGCAGGACCAGAGUCUCAGUCACUCUCAGCCCAAGUCGAUCCUCAAUGACAUAAAGCACCAAAACCCGCUCAUCGUCAUCUGCGGUAACCGAAACGAAGCCGCUCCGGUCAAAAUGCCACACCAGUACUGCGUGCUUGGUUGGUACAAACCAACGAUGGUCUGGUCGGAGAAGACUCGCGGUAGCAAGAACAACAUCUGGAUGACAGUCAAGUAUCGUCUGGAACGGCUCAACCGAAAGAAGCCGGCGUGGUUUUCGCCUGUUGCUACGAUAGAAUCGCAGCUGCAGGCGGCGGCUCUGCCGGCCACUGUUUCGGCUUCGACUGAAGCUUCAUGUUUGAGCUGCCAGCAAACUUACCAUCAGGUCUACUUGCGAGGGUGGAUCUGCUUGAACGCCGACUGCGACCAGUUCUGGAAGUGGAACGGCGUGGACGUGCCGUACGGCAAGGAGGGUCUUGAGUACCAUCCGGCGUUUCUCUUGCACGAGUCGGGACUCUGGAAGAGCGAGGACGACUCUGAAGAGCCUGAGCCUUGCGACCUCAGGCCGCCAGUGCCAGACGUGGGCAACAUCAUUGGCGACAACAUCCGUAGGGUCAACACCCGUGGUAUUUGCUGCCCGAAAUGUGGUCGUUGCAGCCCCAGACGGUUCUUCAAGGGCUGGGUCUGCGAGAACUCCGCAUGCGACUUUCGAUUGUUUCCGCAGCAUCGCCCGGUCGCUCCGCACAUGCUUCACACCCCAUGGGACAAUGCACCCACCCUGCUUCGCAACGGCGCUGCGACUCUGGAGCCUGAGAAGGGUACGCGGGGCGUCAAUAUCUCCAUCAAGUAUGCGUCAGGCUACAAGAUUGCCACUUACACUUUCGAUGGCAUCGAUGGUUGCUUCGUGCAUGCUGCAGCGACACAGCCGGUGUUGCGAGAAGAAGGCACUGGACCUGAUGCCAUGUUCGCGGCAAUCCAACAGGUCGACAUGGGGCUAGAGCGACGGGUCUUCGCGGUGAAGAAGAAUUCAAAAGGCCAGGAUGCGUUGAAGAACGCUGCACAAGUCAAGAAAGCCGCAGUCUCUGCGCUACCAACUCCGCCAGGGGAUGACGAGCCUGAGGAAGCCGACGAGGAGGUUGCAGGUCCGACGAACGGCGAGGCCUACGUUUUCGAGGACGGUGAUCUAAUGACAGCCUUCUCGAUGAACUACGGCAUGCCGUACAAGUUUGUUGCGACCGGCGCAAGCAAGCCGUUCAGUGAGGCACCAUGGCCCGUCAUCGAAUGUCGCCGUCGCUUGAACUGGGCCCAGCGUGCUUUCCUUGAAAAGGAUGCGCAUGAAGACCUGAACGAGGAGCUCAUCUUCACCUACUUUGAAGGGCAGAAGAUUGAGUACCACGACGAUGGCGAAGAAGGUCUCGGGCCACGAAUUGCAACACUUUCACUUGGCGGCAGAGCCAAGAUGCACCUUCGGAUGAAGCAGAAACACUUCAACGGCUGCUCAAAGACAGGCAUCUUCACCGAGGAGGAACCGCUGGCAGGUGGCGUCUUUGGACCGGACAUGGACGCCAAACGCCACGCCGCCUGGGAAGAGCUGCAACAGCUGAAAAGCAAUGGGCCAGCGUACACCAAACGACGGAAGGAGCUGCCCAAGGAGCUCGGGCUUGUCGGCAAGGGCAGUCAGAAGGUCGCCCCAGAUUUGGUGACUGUCACCCUCAGCCACGGCGACAUUAUCCUCAUGGAGGGGUACGACAUCCAGAGGUACCUCGAACAUAAGGUCGUGCCCGCGGACUGCCUGCGCUUCGCUCUGACUUGUCGGACGGUUCUGGAGGGCCAUCUCAAGGAGCACGAGAAGCCGGAGUAUGCGGUGGAGGUCGAUCCAGUGGUGUACGAAGGGCCGAAGCUUUGA